CGGAGAUCUACCGGAAUGGCAACCAUUUCGAAGGCUCCUGAUUCGCCCUUUUUCUACUGGCCAGUUCCCUCAUCUCCCCCUCCGUUGCUGUCUCUUUCGUUUUUGCAUCUCCAGAAAAGGCGCCUCUUUUUCUUUCUUGGUUGCGGACUUUGGCCUGCUGAUUAGGCUGUUGCUGCGCUGACGUACACUUUCAACACCACGACAUCCACGCAACCACAGCGCGACAACGACACACUUCACAGAGGCUCGGUACGCGUAUAAAUAAAAAGGUGUUCCCCUUGCGCGCCACACACCUCGGCCCCUCUAUAAGUUUUGUCCACGACGUCUUUCUUGACGCGCGCAUCUCCUUUUGACCUCUUCACUGCGUCCAUUGACACACAGCCAUGGCUCCCUGGUUGUCCAUGACGGCUGCUGCCGCUGUUGGCGGCGUGGUCCUGAACCAGCUGGACCAGUUCUCCCACCACGCUAUUGCCAAGAUCUUUGGUGGCCUGUUUGUGGGCGAGGUCGCCCUCUACAGCAUCUACAAAGUCCUAAUCUACCCCUUCUACGUGUCGCCGCUCAGACAUCUGCCCAUCCCACCCAACAGCCAUUGGCUCUUUGGCCACGGCUUGGUCAUCUUGCGCGAGAAGAACUCUGACCCUGCUAAGCGAUGGAUUAAAGAGAUGCCCAACGAUGGUCUUAUCCGCUAUUUCUGGUUCUUCAACAUUGAGCGAGUCCUCCUCGUCUCUCCCGAAGCCAUCAAGGAAGUCCUGGUCACCAGAAGCUACGAUUUUGAAAAGCCCAGCGGCGUCCGACACCUGUUGACAACACUCCUCGGCAACGGCCUUUUGGUCGCCGAGGGCGACGAGCACAAGCACCAGCGCAAGAGCCUCAUGCCAGCCUUUUCCUUCCGCCACAUCAAGGACCUGUACCCCGAAUUUUGGGCAAAGACCCAGGAGGGCGUCAACGCCAUGACGCGGGAGAUGGGUGAGAAGCAGGAGGGUGAGUUUGAGGCUCUGGAAUGGGCUUCCCGCCAAACUCUUGACGUUAUCGGAGUGGCAGCCAUUGGCCGCGACUUUGGCGCCAUCCAAAACGACAAGUCUAAGCUGGUUAACACGUACCGAAAGAUUUUCCACCCGUCGGCGUCAGGCCAGAUCAUUGGGCUCUUGAGCACCGUCAUUCCUCUGCAGAUCCUGGAUUACCUCCCCGUAAAGCGCAACGACAACGUCCGCCUGGCUGUCAGAGCUAUCAGAAAACACUGCCAGGAUGUGAUUGAGCAGAAGCGCGCAGAAGCGAAGGAGGGGAUAGAGGGCAAGCUUUCUAUCCUGUCUGUGUCCCUAGAGAGUGGCUUGGACGACGAGCAGCUUGUCAACCAGCUCAUGACCUUUUUGGCUGCCGGCCACGAAACAACGGCUACAUCCAUGGCAUGGGCCAUCUACAUGCUCUGCUGCCAUCCGGAGAUGCAGGAUAAGCUGCGCGCCGAGGUUCGCGAGCACCUGGGCACGCUGGAUCGUGAUAUUACCAACAACAACAUUGACCGCAUGCCGUACCUCCAGGCGUUUAUCAGCGAGAUCAUUCGCUACUGGAGCCCUGUCCCUACUUUUGUCCGUGACGCCCCGCGCGACACUACCGUUCUGAACCAGCUGGUCCCUGCCAACACCCGUUUCAUUAUUUCGACGUGGGCAACGAACCUUGACUCCAACCUCUGGGGAGACGACGCCGAUACCUUCCGACCCGAGAGAUGGCUGGCUCUGGGCGAGGACGACGUGGCUGACCGCAAGGCUGUGGCUAGCGGUGGUGCUGUUAGCAACUUUGCCAUGCUUUCGUUUUCUCAUGGUCCUAGAAGCUGCAUCGGUUCUAGUUUUGCUAGAGCUGAGUUUGCGUGCUUGCUUGCUGGUUGGGUUGGCCGCUUUGAGUUUGAGCUGGUUAACAAGGAGUCAAUGGACCGUGAGAAGUUGGAGGUCCGUACGGGCAUUACGGCACGACCUGCAGAUGGUGUCCAGGUUAUUGCCAAGGUUAUCCCUGGAUUCUAGGCUGAGUUCGAGUACGUAUAUAUAUUGUAAUGAUAGGAUUGGUGUCCAUCUUGGAUUGUCAUAUAGUGUUGUCGUGGCACGGUUUGUCUAGCUACCAAUGUGAAUGUACAGCCCCCAUUUCUUUCGUAUAAAUUGUUAAUAAUAUCUAGUAAGCUGAAUCUCAUUAAUACGAUUCGGGAAACGAAGGGCAGAUAUUCUAUGUUCCAGGGUAAUCGACGUCGUCGAAGCUGUGGCCUUUGGCAUGUGUGUGAAGGAGUCUGUGGCGCAUGACGUGG